CCUGGAGCUUCUGGAACUACAAAGAAACAACAAGGAUGUUGCAAGAUUGUUUUGUUUUGGCUUCAGGCUCGGAUUUUGCUUUUCGAUUUCGCGGAGGCGGCAGGAGUAGCUCUCGAUCGGGAUUCCUCUCGUCCGCGACCAAGAGAUUGCAUCUGAUCCCAACGCCAAUUUAUUGACACCAUAAGGAUCUUGUCUGCUAUAUUAUACGUACGUGAUUAAGAGCUGGUGCAAAACGGGAUUACAACAAGAAGCCGGACGAGGAGAGAAGAAAAAGCCGAACGGGGUUUUAACCGGCGCGCCCCCCCCCCCCCCCAUCUGAACAUUAGAUUUUUCAGCUUGGAAGUUCUGCCAAAGCCUUGAGAAACCGCGUGCAUCAUCCGUCUGGGCGAGCCUUCCCGGUGCAAACGACUUGCUUCUAAAAACGUCUCACUCUUGUGCAUGCCCCCCCCUUACCAAAUUCCCCACCCCCAGCUUUUCAAACUGCCCUAGGAGACCUUGGUCUUUGUCGAUUCCCUCCCCCGCCCCUUUUAAAAGUUGUCCCUCUACUUUUCUACUAGACGUGCCCCCCCCCCCCAAGUUUGCUUACUGUAAAAAUGUCUGCAUCCUUUCAAGCGGCCGUCCAUUAGUACUUCCUGGAAGGGGGGGGGAGAGAAUAAAAGCCCUCCUAUCCGUUGCUUUUUAUAUGCCUAUCCCUUGCAAAUCUCCACCGCGGCGUGGCCUCUUUGCUUUUUCUGCUCGCCGCUCCGUUGCAUUCAUAUGCUAGCAAGUCUCUAACGUGGGGGGGAGCUCCGCUCUAAAUCUGUCAGAUUCUCAUUCUGCCUGCCCGAUGGUGUGAUAGACCCCCAAGCCGGAGGGGGUGGGGGGCGGCUGAUCUCUGGCAGCUUUGCAAAAUUAAAAAAAACAAACCCAGAUCGGCCUCUUGGAGCAAACCCGUUGCCCACUCAUGCGGCACGGAGGGAGAGCCUAGGCCGGCUCAGGCCCGGAGGAGCACCCGAGAUGGGGGACACGGCGGCCCCGCAAGCGCCGGCUCUGCUGGGGGCGCCGCGGGUGCACAGCGCGAUCGUGGAGCGGCUGCGCGCGCGCAUCGCCGUCUGCCGCCAGCACCACCUGGACUGCGCGGGGCGCUACGAGCGCGGCCGGGCGGAGACCUCGGAGCGCGAGCGGGAGGGCACGCGCCACCUCCUCCGCCUCGUGCAGCAGCAGCACGGCCAGGCGGCGCGCAAAGGCGCCAAGCACGCCAAGGCGGCGGCGGCCGGCAACCCUUGCGCCACAGCGCCCCCUCCGGCGGACCACUAUCACCAGCCGCUGCUCGGCGACGGCGCCCUUGGCGGCAGGAAUGGGGUCGAGCAGGGCCCGGCGGCUGGUGGGGAGCAGAGGAACCCGGCGUUGGUGGCGCUUCAGGGUUCCUUGAAGAGAAAACUGGUGGUAAAUCUUUCACCAGCCGUCAACAAGAGAUCCAAUGGCAUUGCUGAUGGCACCUUCCUUGAUAUCAAGAGGGUCCGAGUGGGAGAUAACAAUCUUUCUGUGGCAGAAGGUGGACACUGUGGGAAUAACUGUCAAAACCAAUCACUGCUGGGAAGCUUGACAAUUGGCCAGGGUUCUCAGAGGAAAGUCAACUGCCCAACGAAUAACGCCCACGCAAACGCUAAUGGGAUGUUCAACAUGGCUCUAAAAGAAGUCAAGAAAGAACCAGGAGAAACCUUCUCUUGCAGCAAACAUCUGGAUGGUCAAGCAUCACAGGGCAAUGCUUUCCCUAACAGAUACGGAGAAGAUGCAGGGGAACAGUUGAUGGACCCAGAACUUCAGGAACUGUUCAACGAACUCACUAAUAUUUCAGUGCCUCCCAUGAGUGAUCUUGAACUGGAGAACAUGAUAAAUGCAACUAUCAAGCAAGACGAGCCAUUUAAUAUUGACCUUGGGCAGCAGGUCCAGAGAGCCUCCCCGGCCAGAUCUUCUUCCCUGCAGAUGGACAAAAUGGUAAUCAAGCAGGAAUAUUCCCCAGCUAUGAACCAAGGUUCGGUGGGGUCACCUCAGAUGAGACCUUCCUCAACAGGUCCAGCCUUCACGAUGUCCGGUGCUCCCAUGUCUGCCUCAUCACCGAUUCCUUCAGCUCCCCAGACUCAAACACCUCCAUCUCAGGUGUCCUCCAUUCCCAACCGGCCCAUGCCCAAUUGGCAAGAAGUUUCCCAUGCUCAGCAGUUGAAACAGAUAGCAGCCAACCGGCAGCAGCAUGCCUUGAUUCAGCAAUGCCAGCAAAAUCAGCCGUCCACCUGGUCCACGUUGCCAUCCACCGAACCUUCCUCUGGACCUUUUGUUCAGGAGAAGAUGCCCAACUCUUCUUUCCAUCAGCAGCAAUUCAGCUCACAAAACUCUGGAAUGCCGGGAGUCCCAGUAAAUGGGAAUUCGUCAAAGGGGAUGAACAGCUACGUUUACAGGAUGAACUCCAUGCCCCAGGGAAGCUCUAUCAUCAUAAUGCAACGGAAGGCUCACGACCUCAACCGAGGUUAUAUGAGCAACGCCCAGCUGCCCCUGGAAGAGCCGCAGAACAACAUGAAGCCUUUGUUCCAUUUUAACUCGGAGCAAGCAAACCACCAGAUGCCUUCUGUUUUGGGUGCCCAAAACAAGCCUUCGAUUCUGCACUAUACGCAGCAAGCAUCGCAGCAACAGCAGCCUAACUCAGCAGUUGUGCAACCACAGACGCAGCAGCAGCAGCAGCAGCAACCACCACAGAUGCAACAGCAGCAGCAGCAACCCGCCCAGCCUCUCCAAAACCCGCCUCUUCCAAGGCCCCCGAACAUACCCUUAGCUUUACAGCAAAAGAUCAUGCUCCAGAAGAUGUUGAAAAAUCAGCCUGUUGCAGGAAUGCAGUAUCCUGUUCCAUCACAACAUCAGCUGGAUCAACACUCUGUCAUAGGUCAAAGUGCAGAGCCCAGUCCAGGAUCCGGUCCUUGCUCCAGUCCAAAUACUGGAAGCGGUUUCAUAAACUCAUCCCAACAAGCAUUACUGAAUCAGCAACUUAAACAACAACUCCUCCUGCACCAUCAACAACAACAGCAGCAGCAGCAGCAGCAGAUACUAACAGAAGCAGAGAAAAUAUCUCCUCAAGAUCAAAUGAAUAGACACUUGACGAGACCACCACCAGAUUAUAAGGACCAAAGAAGAAACCAGGUCAGCAUCCAGCAAACACAUCAGUAUUCAGGUGGAUCGCCUGCUAUGAGCAUCAGCUCCAACAUGUGCUUUUCCAACCCCGUUUCCACGCCAAGCAUCUCGCAGCAGGCUUCUACUAUUCUGUCCGCUGCCCACGGAGCCAGGAUGCCUUCUCACCAAGCCGCCCGCCACGUGGGCUGCUACGGGAACAUUCCUUGCAGUCAACCAAGCACGUAUACUACGACAACGACCGGCGUGAGCCAGGUCCCGCAGCACAGGAACCCAAACCAAAUCAUCCCCAGUCCGAGCAGCUCUGCAGUGUCUCGGCAAGCACCACCAGGGCAAGGAAAUAACUUGUCAUCGUUUGAGAGUGGGUCUGGAAUCAAUUCCCAGCCAGGAAAACUCAGCUUGAACCCGGGGACCUCUGGGCAAAGACCUUUGAACGUGAUGGUUACCUCCAGUUCUGCCAUUCAGAACUGGGUCUCUCAAGAAACAGGGGGCAAACUGCAGGACGCACGAAAGGCAGCGGGGCCCCAUUUUCCCGUUGGGAGCCCCUAUCCAAACCAGCCACUACAGCGUGCUGUCACCCACCAGCAGUUUCCACAGCGUGCCACGGUGCCUCCCAACCCCUUAGGUGCCGUCCAGGCGAGAUCACCAGCGAACCAUAGUUUAAACGGGCAGGUGGUGGGGGCACAGAAAGCCCUGAGCGCAAGAUCUAACCAGGUACGGGCCCAGGCCGUGCCACACUUAAAUCCCCCCGGGCCGAACGUGACCACCGCAAACCCUUUGCUGUCAAGCCCUUUCCAAACUAGUCCCCACCAAACCACAGCCAGAGCUUUCCAAGGAACUGACCCUGCGAAUGAUCUGGCCUUUGAUUUCCUGAACCAGCCAGGUGACAACAUUGGCCCAGCCCUCAACAGCGACUCUGAUUUCAUCGAUUCCUUGUUGAAAACGGAGCCCGGGAACGACGACUGGAUGAAAGACAUCAACUUGGAUGAGAUCUUAGGCGGCCAUUCCUGAGACAGAGGGCAGGGCCGUUACAAAUUAAGAGUUUCACUCAGUUGCUUUUGCAGAGAAGCAUGAAAGAAAACGACUCUGCAGAUGGCUCAGUGGGGCGCUCUUUGGGGGCGAGCGGUUUACAGUGGAAAACCAAAUACGAAAUGCGGAAGCUUUUACGCUCGUCCAUAAAGCAGAACAAAAAUGCCGGAGUGCAGAAAUAUACCUUCUAUCCUACUAAUAGCUGUAGCUUUGUAUCAUUAUUAUUAUUAUGUUAUCAUGUUGUUGUUAGUAUUAUUAUAAUUAUUGUUAUUGCAAACAAAAAUGUUGAAUAAUGAAAAAGGCAACCUGAACCACAAACAGCCUCAGACCAUUUCUUAGGAGCAGUCAGCAGGUGUCCAAGAAACCAUCAUUUUUUCCACAUCCACUUCAUGAAAUGAUAUUUCUGCCUGCCCCAAUCUCUUAUUAGCCAUUUCCCUCAGACCAUUCCCCUCAGACCAAAUUCAUGAAGGACCAGAAACCUUCAGCCCAGGGUCGGAGUUAGUCCUAAUAAAUAUAUUAAAUUCAGCCUCCUGCCCCUAAUUACCUCCAUAGGUCACCCAUCUUCCAAACAUCUGGUCUCAUCUGUGGCCUUUCUGCCUCUCCUAACCGUAGGGCCCUUCUCAAGAACAGAAAAAUACAAGAAGAGCCUUCUUGAUUGGGCCAGUGAUUUAUCUACUCCAGCAUCCUGUUUCCUACAGUGACCAACCAGCGGACAGAACAUAGAGGCUGAGUCUUUCCCAUGAUAUUAACUCUUAAGCACUGCUACCGUAUUCUGAGGUUUUCUGUCUCUGUACAUUGAGGUUAGGUCACCAGCAGGGCAGCCCUCAAUAGAGUUACUCCAGUCUGCCAUUGAUUUCAAUAGGCUUAGACUAUAGUAACUGCUUAAGACAGCUGGAGGUGAGCUCAGUUGCAUUUUAGAGACCACUAAGAGGUUCCCAAAGAUGCUGACCACUAAGAGGUUCCCUACUGGACUAGCUGUUCUACUGCAGACCAACAUGGCCAUUCUCUGAAACUAUCGGUUUAGGUUUGCCCUACAUGGCUAGUAGCAAUAGAAUGACCUGUCAUCUAUGGCCUAUUAUGCAUGCAGUGCUUACCCCCACGGCUCUUUUCUCUGCUGUGGGUUUUUCUGGGGAUUAUCCUGCUCCAAAGUAUCCCCAGCCGAGCCAACUGGUACUUCUGUUGCCUCCCACUUCCUUCCUGCAUUGUUUACCGCCUUGUUUUCUUUCUUUUUUUAGCUGUCUUUAAAACAUUGAAAAGAAAAAGAAACAACCCCUUUGGGCUGCUGUACUGGCCUAAAGAGGGGAGGAACUGCUAUCGUGUGGGCAGGGGAAGGUGGGGAGGGCAGAAAACUGGAAGGAGCCCCAUGCAAAAUGAUCUUCUCAGGGACUGCAAAAGGGAACAAAAAGUCAUAGUUUACCAAGUUUGGGAAGCAGCUGGGAUUCCAGGCAGUCAAACGUGAGGAGUUCCGGAGUGGGAAAACCUGUGCAUUAAGGACAAAGAUAUCUGAAGGGAAUGCUCGCUCACCGCAAAGGAGAUCACCAGUGGGUAAAUGGCCUAUGAGUCUUCUUCUACCCUCACCUUUGUUCCAUCAGUCAAUGCUCAGGGGAGGCCGUUGCCUUUUGAUCAUUGUUGAUGUUGCUAGGAUUCUCUGUGCUUUCUAAUUGUGGAGCAGGUCACACCAGAGAAUCUAAGUCUGUCUUGACCCACCCACACACACACCCUCUAGAUUAUUAAAAUUUGAAUCCUUGAGGCACCUUAGAGAUCAAUAAAAUUUUCCAGAGUAUAAAUUUGCUUGAGUCAAAGUGCACUUUGUCAGAUGUGUCAUCAGUAUUUGAAAAAGUGGGCCUUGCCUCACAUAUUUUAUGGAUCUCUUAAGGUGUUACUGGACUUGAAUUUUGUUCUACAGACUAACAGCUACCCGCCUGAAACCACCCUCUAGGUCAGAAAUCCCCAAUAUGGCAUCUCUGUGUUAAAAAGUGGAUGGGGCUCCUGAUCGGCUGUGCAAAUUUAAACGAUGUUGUUUCUACAGCAGUGGGGGUUUUAUUCUCUCUCACUCCUCUUCCUGAGUGUGUUUUUAAAAAUUACUCUUCUUGUCUGUUGGGCUCGAACUCUUUGUCUCCCUGUUGCGGCCAUUUUGUGACCAACUUCGUCUCCUGUGGCAACCAUUUUGUGCGCUCACCGCCCUGCAUCAGAAUUCCAAAGGUGCCCGUAGAUUCAAAAAGGUUAUGGGCCCCUGAUCUAGGUGAUAUAGCUGCCCAUUUAUUGGCAGCUGGGAAAACCAUGCUGCCCAGAGCCUUCCUAUUCUAAGAGGCAUAAAAUAGCAGGUUCAAGCAAAAGGGCAGCUUAGCUUUUCAUGCCAAGCUUCAGAGCCUGUGACAGAGGCCCAGUGUCCUCCGACACAUUUUGCAGAUCCCUGUAUCACGUUGACACGAGUGUGUGGGUUUUUAAAAAGCAAAGCAGUGGCAUAGUGGUUAAGAGAAGGUGUACUCUAAUCUGGAGGAACCAGCUGGGUUUGAUUCCCCACUCUGCCGCUUGAGCUGUGGAGGCUUAU